AUGAUUGUCACUUUUGAAAAAUGUGUGCCAACAAAGUUGGAACACAAGAAAAUGUCUGUAGUAGCUGAAUAUAGAGCUAGGAAGACAUCAAGGUCACCUGAAGUCAAGUCCAAGGAGAAGGGGAUCCAUGUAGCAUGUGUUCAAGAGACUAGGUGGAAGGGGCAAAAAGCAAAAGGUAUAAAGGGAUAUAAGUUGUGGUAUACAGGCUUGGACAGCAGACGUAUCGGGGUUGACAUCUUAGUGUCGAAUGAUAUCCCGAAGCAAUUGGUUGAAGUAAGGAGGUGUAGUGACAGGAUUAUGUUAGUUAGGAUAGUAGUGGGGGAAGAGAUAACAUCCAUUGUCAGUGCGCACGGGCCCCAAAUGGGGCUUGAUGAGCAGGUGAAGUGCGAGUUCUGGGAUAACCUAGGAGACCUCAUAAGAACUAUCCCGCACGAUGAGAAAGUUUUUGCAGGAGGAGACUUUAAUGGACACAUAGGCAGAGAUGCAGGUAACUUUAACUCAGCUCAUGGAGGGUUUGGUUUAGGGGCAAGGAACGAGAGUGGGGAGAAUUUACUGGAGUUUGCGCUAGCAAAAGAUUUGGUCAUAGCAAACUCGAUCUUUAGAAAAAAAGAGGAGAAUUUGACCACUUAUAAGAGCGGUGGCCAUGCAACCCAAGUUGAUUAUUUCUUAGUGCGCAAGGGAAAUCGGGCCUCAUGCUUGGACUUUAAGGUGGUGUUGGGUACAGAGAUGCCCACCCAACACAGGCUUCUAAUACUGGUUUUCAGGAUGAGGAAGAAAAUAACAGAAAAGAAGGUCAAGUCCAAGGGAAAGAUCAUAUGGGAGAGACUCAAAGGAGAUAAGGUCACAACCCUGGCAAGCAAGAUAAGUGGGCUUCUCAAACCAGUCAGAGGAUGCGAAUGA